AUGCGCCAAAGCUACAGCCUGGUGCUUGCUGGCACCUUCCUGUCUGCCGCCGCACCUGUCUCGGCCAGUAGUUUGCCGAGAGGUGUUGGCCCCGAAUUCACCAAGUUCUUCGAGGCCACAGAAACCUUCUCCUGUAUCGGUCACCCCGAAAUCAAACUCGGCAUUAAGCAGGUCAACGACAACACGUGUGACUGUCCAGAUGGCUCCGAUGAGCCCGGCACUGCAGCUUGCGCCUACCUCGACCCCCUCUCCCCCCCUCAGCCCUUCACCGGCUCCCUGACGGGUACCACCAAUACUACGAAUGCCCUACCCGGCUUUUGGUGUGCCAACGCCGGCCACAUCGGCAUGUAUGUUCCCUUCAUGUUCGUCAACGACGGCCACUGCGACUACGAUGUCUGCUGCGACGGAACCGAGGAGUAUAGCGGUGUCGGCGGUGUCAAGUGUGAGAACAAGUGCGCCGAGAUUGGCAAGGAGUACCGCCGCGUUGAGGCCGCGCGUAAGGAUGCCAUUGAUAAGGCUGCUAAGAAACGCAAGACGAUGGCCAAAGAGUCUAGGGAGCUCCGCCGUCGUGUCGAGGCCAAGGUCAAUACCCUCAAGGAUGAGGUCAAGGGUCUUGAGAUUCGCAAGGAUGAGCUUGAGCAGAAGUUGCAUGAGAUUGAGCGUUCUGAGAAGGGCAAGGUCGUCAAGGGCGAGGGUUCUGGUGGGAAGCUCGGCACUCUUCUGAACCUGGCCAAGACCCGUGUCACCGAGCUCCGUGAGACACUCGAGGACGUCGUUGCCCACCGCAACGAGCUUCAGAACAAAGUCAAGGAGCUUGAGGGCAUUCUUAGCCGCUUCAAAGAGGAGUACAACCCGAACUUCAACGAUGAGGGCGUUAAGCGCGCCGUGAAGAGCUGGGAGGACUACGCCGCCAACCUUGCUAACGAGGCCCUCCCCGAUGGCCUGGAGGCUGACAUCAAGGAGGUCCUUGUCGAGGAUUCUGAGACCUCGGGCAUCAACUGGAAAGACUUCGAAGAGGAUGACGCCUCCGACACUGAUAUUAUCUACAACUUUGAGGCCUACCUCCCCGACGCUGUCCGCGAGUUUAUCCAUGGAAAGCUCCUCUCCCUCCGCGUCUGGAUGAUCGAGAAUGGUCUGGUGGCCGACAACAACAAACCCAAUACCGAAUCUCGUCUGGUCAAGGCUGCUCGCGAAGCCUUCAACUCCGCCAACGGCGAUCUUCUGGAGAAGAAGCGUCAGCUGGACAGUGAACAGAAGGACCUCGAGAAGGAUUACGGCACCGAUGACAUUUUCCGUGUUCUCAAGGAUAAGUGCGUCAGCACCGAGGUUGGCGAAUACGAGUACGAGCUCUGCUGGAUGGAUAAGACCAACCAAAAGUCCAAGAAGGGCGGCGGCCAUACCAACAUGGGCAACUUUGUCCGCAUAGACAAGGAGAUGGCCGACGACGAGGAGCGCGUCGACGGCAAGAGCCUCGGCAAGGGCCUCCGUAUGGUCCUCCGCUACGAGAACGGCCAGGGCUGCUGGAAUGGCCCGCAGAGACGUACUGACGUCUGGCUCGCCUGCAGCGAGACGGAAGAGCUCUGGAAGGUCUCAGAAUCGGAAAAGUGCGUUUACAAGAUGGAGGUGGGCACGCCCGCCGUUUGCGAUGAGCUGUUGGAGCCUCCUGAGCCCAAGGGCAAGGAUGAGCUGUAA